AUGGCCGGAUCUCAAAAGAAAAUUAAACGCACCAUCGCCGCCGACCGCCUCUCCUCGCUAGGCGACGAUCUCCUCGAGCACAUCCUCUCCUUCGCGCCGGCGAAGGAGGCCGCGGCCAGCGCCGCCCUCUCGCGCCGAUGGCGCCCGCUGUGGCGCCGCGCGAGCGCCCUCAACCUCGACAGCGAGCCCUACUCAUCUGGCGGGUAUCACUAUCCCGACGCCGGCUUCGACGCCUUCUUCCGCGACGGCAAGGCCGCCCUCGCCAGCCGCCGCGGAACGGCGCUCAGGCGGCUCACGGUCCUCCUCAAGCAAGGCGCCUACCUCACCAGCCGCGGCUCGUACCACAGGGUGCACGACGUGGAACCGGAGCACGACGCCCGGGUCACCGGCCUCCUCGCCGACCCCGCGGCCGCCGCGCCGGAGGAGCUCUGCAUCGCCGGCGAGCGUGCCUACACUCCCUACAUCGGACGGUACGUCCCGCCGCUGGCAUCCCUGCCUUGCGCCGCCGCCACGCUCCGGGUUCUGGAGCUCCAUCUCUGCAGCCUCCAGCCGCCGCCGACGUCGUCCGCGCGCCUCGCUUUCCCGCGGCUCACGGAUCUGUCCCUGCGCGACUGCACUUACCUGGAGGGGUAUCUCCAGGCCGUGAUCGACGCCGCGCCGGCGCUAACCAGACUUGCGCUGGUGAACGUCACUAAGAAGCCGCCGGGUUCCGCUUCCGCCGAGGGUUCCUACUCCAGGUCCAAGCCUUCCAAUCUGCCCCUUCGCCUCCGCUGCCGGACGGUCACCGCCUUGGUGCUCGUGGUCAGUGUCUCCUUGGAGGAGCUCAAAGAUUCCCGCGACAUCGGCAUACAGCUCGACAUGCCGAGCCUGCGCUCCUUCCGCUACAAGGGGUUCCCCGUCAAUCUCUCGCUGACAUCGGGGCUGGCACAAGUCGACCUCGACACCAAUCGCCGCGAGCGGGACUUUUAUAAGCCCGAGCCUGCGGCGCGCAUGCUCGCGAGCUUCUCCAGCACGAGGGCCCUGAAGCUGCACAUCAACGGCAUCGAGGAAAUUGUCUCCGACGACGAGGUCAUCCUGCCAACCUUCCCGAACCUGAAGCUCCUCGAAGUAGACGGAAGCUUCAAGUAA